GAUUCGAGGCGGUUGAUGACAGAGAGAAGUGACACACCGUAAAUUAUAUUUCACUUUGCUAAUGUGUGUUAAAAUAAUUACAGUGUGAACCGAGUCAACUCUAAAAAAUGUUGGUUUUCUGUGAUAAUACCAAUAUGAGACUCGUCGUUCUUUCAUUUUUAUUGGUGUCUGUAUGGUGCAAUGGAGCAAAUGGUGGUGCACUAACACUUACAAAAGAGAAUUUUGAUAUGACAAUAGCUUCAAAUGAAUUAGUGUUUAUAAACUUUUAUGCAGAUUGGUGCCACUUUAGCAAUCUAUUGAGUCCCGUUUUUGACGAGGCUGCAGAUAAAAUAAAAGAAAAAUUUUCUCAAUUAGGACAAGUAGUUGUAGGUAAAGUCGACUGCGAUAAACAAGAUACGAUAGCGUCUAGGUUUCAAAUCACCAAGUAUCCAACGUUAAAAUUAGUAAGAAAUGGCCAACCGGUGAAAAGAGAAUACAGAGGUCAACGUUCAGCGCAAGCAUUUCUUGAUUUUAUUACCAAACAAUUGGAAGAUCCAAUCAAAGAAUUUUAUGAUGUAAAGGAUUUAAGUGAUCUUGAUGAUAAAAAGAGAAUGCUGAUUGGUUAUUUCCCUAGAAAAGAUAUUCCUCAAUAUGAAAUCUAUCGACGAGUCGCUACAAAUCUCAAAGAUGACUGCCACUUCCACGUUGGCUUUGGAGAGGCGAGCCAAGCCAUGCAUCCACCAUCCGAACCAAUCAUUGUCUUCCGCUCGGAUAAAGCUCUUUCAAAUGACGAUGAUGAGAUUUUCAAAGGCAAUUUAAAUAGUUUUGACGAACUUCAUAUUUGGGCUCAACAAAAAUGCGUGCCUCUCGUCAGAGAAAUCACUUUUGAAAAUGCCGAGGAAUUAACGGAAGAGGGACUACCGUUUUUAAUUCUUUUCCAUGCGCCCGAUGAUCAUGAAAGUAUUAAAGAGUACAAAGAUACCAUUGCAAAUACAAUGACGACCGAGAAACAGAACGUGAAUUUUUUGACCGCCGACGGUAUUAAAUUCGCACAUCCUCUACAUCACUUGGGAAAAUCAAAAGAUGAUUUGCCACUAAUUGCAAUUGACAGUUUCAAGCACAUGUACUUGUUUUCGAAUUUCAAGGACAUGCGCAUUCCCGGCAAAUUGAAAACAUUCCUCGAUGAUUUAUAUUCGGGUAAAUUGCAUCGUGAAUUCCAUUAUGGUCCAGAUCCAGAACUCGAUCCAAUGCAAUUGCUCGCCGAUCAGGGAAAGGUUCCAACAACGCCACCCGAGUCGACAUUCAAAAAAUUAGCGCCAAGUAAAAAUAGAUACACAUUACUUCGAGAUGAACUGUAAAUUGAAAAGAAGAAGAAAAACAAAAAAUGCUGCAGAGAAAAAGAAAACAAAAUGAAAGAAAAUCAAUUUAAAUGUCAGGAAUGUUUAAUUCUUUUUUUUAAACUUGCUGAUGCCUUUUUGAUGAAAGAAAAACAAAAAGUUAGAGAUAAGUCUUUUUUUCAAUUGUGAAUCGAGAAGAAAGGAGUACUAUUCACGAUUGAUUAAUAUUUAAUUAAUUGAGAAGGUUUAUUUUCACCCCCCUUUAAUAAUUGAGAAGGGAAUUAAUUAAUCGUGAUUGGUAAAAUUUUAUUUAUAUAUACAUAGAUAUAUAUAUUUUCAAUGCCAGUGUUUUCGAUUCUUUUGGAUCGCAGUGAUGAAAACUAAUAUGGAAUUUUAGGCGGAUAUAUUAUUGUCCCCUUUUUAUAAAGCAUGUGUCACGGUCCAUCGAGUGUCGAUUUUUUUAUAUAUAUUAAUAAGCAAACUCGACACAAUGUAUAAAGGUAUAAAUUAUAAAUUAUAAAUU